AUGAACUCCUCAAAUGCAACAACCUACCGCUCCACCGCUCCUUCAAGCACCCCACAACCUCCCACUUCUCAAUCUGGUGCAUAUUCUGGUUAUCCUCCUAAUCCUCCAAACUGGACAAGCCAGUCAAAGGGUUAUGCUGGUGGACCUUAUCAAACUCCAAUACCCAAGCCAAACCUACAGCCCUCAAACUGCUCCUCCUCAUCCCCAAACCAGUCAAUACCAGUCUGGGCACUCUACUACACCUACCAACAACCCCAGCAACAUCCACCAACGUUACCAUUUCUCCUUAUGGUGGUAACCCUGGUGCUUAUCAGCAAACUCAUGGACCUGGAGGGACAAACGUAUCCUCCUCCACAAGGUCAACCCCAACCUGCCCGUGGUGGAUAUCCACCAUAUUCCCGUCCAUCUCCUUAUAGAGUGGAUACUAAAUUGCUAACCCUUUGA